AUGCAGAAGCCGCAGGCUGGCAAGUCGACCAACCCACGCAUCGAGCACGUGGUGGUUCUCAUGAUGGAGAACAGGUCGUUCGACCACAUGGUGGGGUACCUCAAGUCGCUCAACCCGGAGGUGGAGGGCGUGACGGGCAGGGAGACCUGCCCCAACGACCCGCUCAAGCCCAGGGAAGGCUCCACCAAGGUGAGCGAUGACGCGCCGUACGUUGCGCUCGUGGACCCGUCCCACAGCUACGCCGCCACCAAGAAGCAGUGUUUCGGCUAUGGGCCGGUGAAGGCGCCGGCGCCGAUGACCGGCUUCGUCAGGAAUUACGCCGAGAACGACGACUUUGUCGUGGGCGCCGACAUCAUGAGUUGCUUCAAUCCCAAGACACUCCCGACGCUGAACACGCUCGCCAAUGAGUUUGCGAUCUUCGACCACUGGCACAGCUCGCUCCCUGGUCCGACUCAACCCAACAGGAUGUUCCUCCACUCCGCCACUUCGCACGGCCUGACUGCGAACAACGUGGCCGAGCUGACCGAGGGGAUGCCCCAAAAGACCAUCUUCGACUCGCUGAACGAAGCCGGCCUGGAUUGGCGCGUCUACUUCCACGACUUGCCCUCUGUCCUCCUCAUGCGCAACAUGCGAGACCUCAAGUAUGUGGGCAAGAUCAACUACUUUGACUAUUUCUAUGAAGCUGCGGCGAGCGGAGACCUGCCGCCCUACACGUUCCUCGACCCGCGGUGGUUCACCUUCUUCGAGUGGGAGGCCUCCGACCAGCACCCGCCGCACGACGUUCGUCCCGGCGAGUACCUCCUCGCGAAGAUCUACCAGGCCCUCCGCAACGGACCCAAGUGGAACAGCACACUGUUUAUUGUGACGUAUGACGAGCACGGCGGCUACUGGGACCACGUGCCCACUCCCUUUGGCGCACCUCGGCCUGACGAUGUGCCCAAUGAUGAGGGGUUCGAGUUCAAUCGGCUGGGCGUGCGGGUGCCCACCAUCAUGGCCUCGCCGUGGAUCAACAAGGGGACCGUCAUUCACGCCCCGCCUCAGGCGCAUUACGAGCACUCGUCGGUGCCGGCGACCUUGAAGAAGCUCUUCAACCUGCCCCACUUCCUCACCCGCCGGGACGCCUGGGCGGCCACCUUCGACCACGUCGUCAACCAGAGGGACACUCCCCGUACCGACUGCCCCACGUCCCUGCCCGUGCCCGGACCAAAGGCGCUCCACGAGCAGUGGGAGAAGUUCUCGGGAAGUGCGAUCUCGCCGAGCGAGACCGCGGCCGGCGGCGUGGAGCAGAGCACCAGCACCAUGAGCAAGGAUCCCAUCACCGACCUCCAGCGCGAAUGGACCGCCAUCGCCCGGGGCCUCGAUGACCAGUCUUCGACUGAAGGGUGGCUGAGCUCCCUGCAGGAGCAGAUGCUGCAAAACGAGCACCAGGCCGCCAUCUUCGCGCAGCAGCAAGUGCGCAAGUUCUUCGAGAGACAGAAGCACCAGCUGCUCGCACUCAAGGCCCAGGCCGACACGAAGCAGCAGUGA